GUGGCAUCGGUUGCAGCGGGGUUACAGUUCGGAUGGGCUCUACAGCUCUCUCUGCUCACGCCCUAUGUGCAGCAGCUCGGUAUUCCCCAUGCCUGGGCCUCCUACAUCUGGCUCUGUGGGCCUGUAUCGGGACUGUUUGUGCAGCCUCUGAUUGGCCAUUGGAGCGACAGCUGUCGCUGCCCGUAUGGGCGGCGCCGCCCGUUCAUUGUGGCGGGGGCAGCACUGGUGGCGGUGGCAGCGAUGCUGAUAGCGUUCUCAAGGGACUUGGGGCACGCACUGGGGGAUGCGAGGAUUGAAGCAGGGCAACCGCUGGUGGGAGCGAUUGUCGUUUUCAUACUUGGUUUUUGGCUGCUUGACCUGGCCAACAACAGCCUACAGGGACCGUGUCGAGCUCUGCUGGCCGAUUUUACUG